AAUUGGCUUAUUUUUGUUCGCGCUAGAGCACAACAAGUGAGGCGAAAUACUACACCUGAUCAGCGUACUAUAAGAAGACUAGCAAAAUGAAUCAAAAGACGACGAAUUAUACGACCAGAGUAGAGUUGAUUACCCAACAGGUGAACACCUCAGCCUCAAUACAUCUGUAAUCGAAGCGACGCAAGCAAAUCUGAACAACAAUAAGAUUAACAUUGGACGUGCAACUCAUCAGCAAACAUGAAGUGCACGCUAAUUAUAGCUAGAUUUGAUUACUUGGCCCUCAUCUUGCUUUCACUGGUCUAUUGUUCUCGACAAGCAAACACUAAUUGCUAUGACAGCGACAACGGGUUUAAUACCUUUAUUAAUAAUCUGCCGCCUGAUAAGGCGAAUGCAACCGAUACGUUCGCCGCAGCCACCCAGGCGCCGACAGUAGCAAUGACAAGCAAUGCGACUAUUGAUACUUCUGUUUGGAAGUGUUGCUGCUGGGAAGCAACCAAUCAAAACGAGUUCGAAUGCCGUUGCGAGGGCGCAGCGUUGACACGAGUGCCGCAAACUUUAAAGUUGCCACUGCAGAGGCUCACAAUUGCAUCAGCGGGGCUCCCGCGCCUGCGGUCGAUGGGGCUAAAAGUUUAUGCCUCUACUUUAUUGGAUGUAGCUUUUAUAGACUGUUUGCAGCUUGAGGCCAUACAGAACGGAGCUUUCUCGAACUUAACGGUUCUUCGCACCAUCUACAUUUCGAAUGCGCCCAAAUUAAGUUACCUCUCCAAAAAUGUGUUUGAGGGAAUUUCCGAUACCAUUGAAAUCAUACGGAUUAUAAAUAGUGGAUUAACAACUGUGCCAGAUCUGGGACAUUUACCGCCCUAUAAUAUAUUGCAAAUGAUAGAUCUCGAUAACAAUCAAAUUUCUCGAAUUGAUUCUAAAUCCAUCCAAGUGAAGACUGCACAAUUUGUUUUAGCAAACAAUGACAUAGCUUUUAUUGACGAUUCUGCCUUUCUGGGUUCGAAAAUUGCAAAACUUUCAUUGAAUGAUAAUCCCAGACUUAGCGACAUUCAUCCGAAUGCAUUCAAUGGCAUCAUAGACAUGACAGAACUUGAUCUCUCAAGCACAUCUCUUGAACGCCUACCAUCAGCUGGACUUCAGACCGUCGAAGUAUUAUACAUAACCAAUACGCACACCUUGAAGACAAUACCUUCCAUAUAUAAUUUUCAGAACUUACAGCGGGCUCACUUGACGCACUCGUUUCACUGCUGUGCAUUUCAAUUUCCGUCGAGGCAUGAUCCCAAGAGGCACGCUCAACGCAUGCAAGAAUUGCAGAAGUGGAGAGAUCAAUGCAACAGCAACCGCAAUUUGCACACAAGUCUUGAAAGAAGCUUAAGAGAUAACAAUCUCACGCCAUUGGCGCAUUUGUCGGAAGUGCAUCAUAGUGACUCUACCGUAAACAAUCUGCUGGCAGAUCCUACGCCCAACUCGUACGACUAUAUGGCUGAUUCUACAAUGAACAACAUUGGCAUUUUCCAUGAACAGAUAACAAUCAAUCCCGAAGAUGACCAACUGGCUGAGUAUUGCGGCAACUUCACAUUUAGAAAGCCAAACAUUGAGUGUUAUCCCAUGCCCAACGCUUUAAAUCCGUGUGAGGACGUCAUGGGCUAUCAGUGGCUUCGCAUAGCUGUUUGGAUUGUGGUUGCACUGGCUAUUGUUGGCAACGUGGCCGUUCUCACUGUUAUACUUUCAAUUAGAUCCGAGAGUCCCUCAGUGCCACGCUUCCUUAUAUGCCAUCUUGCUUUUGCCGACUUGUGCUUGGGGCUCUACUUGCUACUUAUUGCCUCAAUCGAUGCUCACUCAAUGGGCGAGUACUUCAACUAUGCCUUUGAUUGGCAGUAUGGCUGGGGUUGCCAGAUUGCUGGAUUUUUAACCGUCUUUGCUAGUCACCUGUCGCUCUUUACCUUGACUGUCAUCACGAUUGAACGCUGGUUUGCCAUCACGCACGCAAUGUAUCUAAAUAAACGCAUAAAGUUGCGUCCAGCUGCCUUCAUUAUGCUACUGGGCUGGAUCUACUCCAUAGCAAUGUCCUCGCUGCCCUUGUUUGGGAUAAGUAAUUAUUCAUCAACUAGCAUUUGUCUACCCAUGGAGAAACGCGAUAUAUACGACUCCAUAUAUUUGAUAUUGAUUUUGGGCUGCAACUUUCUAGCAUUCACAAUUAUUGCCAUAUGCUACUCUCAAAUAUAUCUGUCUCUCGGUGAGGAAACGCGACGGGCACGACAGAACAAUCCGGGCGAGAUGAGUGUGGCCAAGAAGAUGGCACUUCUAGUCUUCAUAAAUUUUAGCUGUGGAGCACCAAUUGCAUUUUUUGGUCUUACCGCAUUAGCUGGCUACCCGUUAAUUAACGUUACCAAGUCCAAAAUAUUACUUGUCUUCUUCUAUCCACUAAAUUCUUGUGCGGAUCCAUACUUAUACGCCAUCUUAACAUCCCAAUAUCGACAGGAUUUGUUGACCCUAUUGUCAAAGUUUGGUAUUUGUCGUCAAAGCGCUCUCAAGUACAAGCACAGCGAUUCGAUGCAUGGCACGUCCCACUAUACCAUUCGCGGCUCCAUUGACCGGGAACAUUGCGUUGGCCAAAAGUGCCAAAAAGUUGUGGCUGCGGAGGCGCAAAGAAUGCUAAAAAAUAAGGAGGAUUAUGUGUAAAUAACACAGGUCAACCAAGUUUAGAAAGAACUUUAUGAACAAGAAUAACACUACUUUUCUGAUCGACUUUUUGCUGUGCUAAACUCAGAAUAAGCCUAUUACGUCAGGUUAUUCGGGUACAAUUCUUGUCUACUCUUAUAUCAAGAUAAAUGCUGUUUUUCAAGAUGACAGAGAAAAAGAGUUGACAGAGAAAGAUAGAAAGACAGAGUAAGGGCGGGAGGGGAGUAAGUUCAACUUGAAGACGGAAUAAAUUUUCCAAUACUGUAACGGUUCUCUUCUAUGCUAUGCAGCUAUAUCGGUUUCAGCCUCGAAUUCAACACGUCAAAAAGGGAUUCGCUCAGAAGAGUUGUCUUCGGAUA